UGAUCACCGCGAUAACACGAUUCGAUAUUCCGACCCAGAGUACUCACCGACACUGCCAGCUACUGAGAAAGUCGUUCGGCUCUUCAGCCAUGAUUCAAGACCCUUUCAAGCCGGCGAAGCGUGUGGCCGGCCAAAGACAAGAUGUUUGGUCCAUCGUCAAUGAGGCAGCCCAGGCAUCGUCCGUCGAGCCUAUGGUGAACAUGGGACAAGGAUUCUUUGGCUACAACCCGCCAGACUUCUGCGUUCAGGCAGCUAAAGAUGCUCUGGACAAGGUAGAAUGCAACCAAUAUUCUCCGACCAAAGGCCGUCCGAGACUGAAGAAAGCCAUUGCUGAUGCGUACUCACCCUUCUUUGGUCGCACCCUCAACCCUGACACCGAAGUAACGAUCACAACCGGCGCCAAUGAGGGCAUGCUCUCGGCAUUCAUGGGCUUUCUGGAAGCUGGAGACGAGGUGAUUGUAUUCGAGCCAUACUUCGAUCAGUACAUCUCCAAUAUUGAGAUGCCGGGUGGGAAAGUGGUCUACGUCCCAAUGCAUCCGCCGAGGGAUGGUGCAAGCAAGACUACAAGUGCCGGCGAAUGGACGCUCGACAUCAAAGAGCUGGAGGCUGCCAUCACAGAUCGUACGAGAAUGCUGGUUCUGAACAGCCCGCACAAUCCCAUCGGCAAAGUCUUCACUCGUGAGGAGCUUCAAGCCAUUGGCAACAUCUGCGUGAAGCACAACAUCAUCAUCCUCAGUGAUGAAGUCUAUGAUCGGUUGUACUAUGUGCCGUUCACGCGGAUGGCCACGCUAUCACCCGAAGUUGCCAAGCUUACGCUCACCGUGGGAUCCGCUGGCAAGAACUUCUACGCCACUGGAUGGCGCGUGGGUUACCUCAUCGGGCCCGAGCAUCUGAUCAAAUAUGUGUCUGCAGCACACACUCGCAUCUGUUUCAGCAGUGUGUCUCCACUUCAGGAGGCUAUUGCAGUGGCAUUCGAGCAGGCGGACGCGCACAACUUUUGGGAAGAGAGCAAAAAAGAGAUGAAGGCGAAGAUGGAUAGUUUCAACCAGAUCUGGGACGAGCUUGGCUUGCCGUACUCUGAUCCAGAGGGCGGAUACUUUGUGCUGGUGAACCUCGCAAAGGUCAAGCUGCCAGAAGACUACGACUUUCCGGAUCAUGUUGCCAAUCGGCCUCGCGAUUUCAAGCUCUCCUGGUUCUUGAUAAAGGAGCUCGGCGUGGCGGCCAUCCCUCCGACCGAGUUCUUCACGGAUGCGAAUGCGCAUAUUGUUGAAGAUUGGCUGAGAUUCGCCGUUUGUAAGAACGACGACGUUCUGGACCUCGCAAAGGAAAGGCUUCGCGGGCUGAAGAAGUACAUCCAGGAGUAG